AUGGACAGAUGUUCGAGCAGCGGUGCUCACCUUUAUGCUCAUAGGAUAGACAAGAAAAGCCCAAAAGACCGUGACUACCUAUUUAUUUUCUUUGAUCUGGAAACACGCCAAGAUGAGUCCCUACCCUCAGAUCCCGAGACUAAGUUACAUAAAGUGAAUUUAUGUGUUUCACAACAGUUUUGUUUCAAAUGCAUCAAUGGGGGUGAAUGUGAAUCUUGUUCGGAACGUUAUAAAAUAUUUGAUAGCAAUCCUGUUAGGCAGUUCAUGAACUAUGUAAUGGAAGCCCGCAAACAAUUCAAAAACGUCUGUGUAAUUGCACACAACGGACAAGGGUUUGACUUUCAAUUUAUACUUAGGUAUAUCCUUGAAGAAACAAAAUUCACACCAAACAUCAUCCCAAGAGGAACUAAAAUUAUUUUGAUGGAGGUGGCUAACGUUAGAUUUAUUGACUCCCUUAGCUACUUUCCCAUGUCCUUAUCUGCCUUACCGAAAGCUUUUGACUUACCACCUGAAAAGAAGAAAGGUUACUUCCCACAUUUGUUCAAUACAGUAGCAAAUCAAAAUUACAUAGGCCCUAUGCCUGAUAAAAAGUACUACUGUCCCGAAUCCAUGUUUGAGAAAUCCCAUAAUGACUUUGACAAAUGGUACAAUGAACAGGCUGCUAAAAAGUAUGAAUUUAAUUUAAAAAAAGAAUUAUUGGAAUAUUGCAUGUCAGACGUUGACAUUUUAGCUCAGGCAUGUAUCAAAUUUAGAUCAUUGCUACUUGAACGAUGUAAUGUAGAUCCAUUUCUUGAGUCCCUAACAAUUGCUAGUGCCUGCAAUCUGGCCUUUCGCCGUAACUUUCUAAAACCAAAUACAAUCGGUCUGAUCCCUAAAAAUGGUUACCGGUCUUCUACCCAAUCAGCUGUUGCUCUACAGUGGCUUACCUGGGAGGAGGAAAGACGUGGGGUGACAAUCAAUCAUGCUGGACGUAGUAAAGAGGUUGUUAUAAAGGGGAUGAAAGUAGAUGGGUUUGAUGGCGAAAACAUAUACGAGUUCCACGGAUGUUACUGGCACGGGUGCCCUAAAUGCUUCCCCUAUAAUCGCGAUACCCCAUUAAAAGAGGACCCUUCUGAUUCACUUCAUCUCCGUUACGAGAGAACCAAAGCUAAAAUUGAAAAGCUCGGAGAUGUGGUGCAGAUAACAUGUGGGGAAAUAAUGUACCAGGGGGAUUGUUUUCACGAGAGUGAAGAUAGAGCAUUGGUUGGGACGUGGACAAUGGAUGAGAUUAGGAAGGCUGUAGAGAAAGGCUACAUUAUACAGGAUAUGUAUGAGUUGUGGGAGUAUGAGGUAGCCACAUAUGAGAAAGGAGGGCUAUUCACUGAGUUUAUUGAUAAAUUUUUAAAACUAAAGCAGGAGGCAUCUGGAUACCCUGGGUGGUCUAAGACUGAGGAGGAUAAGAAACAGUACAUUGCAAAAUUUCUUGAGCGUGAAGGUAUAGAAAUGACAAAGGAACAUAUUGUUAAAAAUGGGGGCUUAAGAUCAGUAGCAAAAUUGAUGCUAAACAGUUUUUGGGGUAAAUUUGGGCAAAGGGAAAAUAUGAUGAAAACAUCAAUCAUCCGAGAUGCCAAAGAGUUCUUUCGGUUAUUAACCAAUCCUGAGGGUAAGUUAAAAUACUUUCAGGCUAUUAACCAAGAUGUUGUGCUAGUAAAUUGGCAAAAUAUUGAAGAGGCUAGUGAGUCUUUAAGAACUGUAAAUGUAGUUAUGGCAGCCUUCACUACUGCUCACGCUAGACUAAAGUUGUAUGAACACCUUGAUGCCUUAGGAGAUCAAGUACUAUAUUGGGAUACAGAUAGUAUUAUAUAUUACUACCACGAAGGGCUGUAUAGGGUGCCUACAGGAGAUUACCUCGGCGAAAUGACCGAUGAAUUGGUAGAGUAUGGACCCGGCUCAUACAUUACUGAGUUUGUCUCUGGGGGGCCUAAAACAUACGCGUACCUUGUCUGGUCGACAAAUCAACAGAAAUUUAUCCCGGUUUGUAAAAUCAAAGGGCUUACUCUCAAUAUUAAAACAUCAAAAAUUUUGAAUUUUGGGAAACUAAAAGAGAUGGUUUUAAGUGAAGCUUCUAAAAUCGUUGAAAUUGAUGAGCACAGGAUUAGACGAACAAAAUAUAGAGAUAUUGUAACAACAGAUGAAGUUAAACAGUUUAAGGUAACUGGUCCAAAGAGAAAGUACGAAGGAGAUCAUGAUACUCUCCCCUAUGGAUACAAAAAACAGGAGCAUUGA